AUGCAGCUGGGAGGGCCGUCAUGGACUGUUCUUCUAGGAAGAAGGGACUCCACCACUGCAAGCAAGGAGAAUGCAGAGCGGGACCUGCCGGCUCCAUCCUUCGACCUCGCCAACCUCACCCAGUCAUUCGCAAACAAGAACCUCAGCGUCACCGACAUGGUUGCUCUCUCGGGGGGGCACACGAUCGGGCAGUCGCAGUGCCGCUUCUUCCGCCACCACAUCUACAACGACACCAACAUCAACUCCACGUUCGCGGCGUUGCUGCAGGCCAACUGCCCCCAGGCCAACGGCAGCGGCGACUCCACGCUAGCGCCGUUGGACGCGGCGUCGCCCACCGCCUUCGACAACGCCUACUUCAGCAACCUGCUGGCGCAGAAUGGGCUGCUGCACUCCGACCAGCAGCUGUUCAGCGGCGGCAGCACCGACGCCACCGUCAGGAGCUUCGCAUCCAGCGCGUCCGCCUUCAGCAGCGCCUUCGCGACGGCCAUGGUGAACAUGGGGAACAUCGCCCCCAAGACAGGGUCCCAGGGACAGAUCAGGGUCAGCUGCUCCAAGGUCAACUCCUGA